AUGGCGCCGGUUUAUCCAAAGUUCGACACCAACAAGUCAGGCCACCUCAAGGUAUCCUCCGUUCACUCCGUUUACUGGGAGGAGUGUGGUAACCCCUCUGGUGUACCGAUCAUUUAUCUCCAUGGCGGGCCUGGCGGCGGCACAGAGGAGUCGGACAGACAGUACUUCGAUCCGGCCCACUACCGUAGCAUCCUUUUCGACCAGCGUGGCUCCGGCAAGUCGACCCCGCAUGCUUCCUUGGAGGACAACACCACCUGGACUCUAGUGGAGGACAUUGAGAAGCUGCGUCAACACCUUGGUGUCGACAAAUGGAUUGUCUUUGGCGGUUCAUGGGGUUCGACUCUCUCUCUCGCUUACUCGGAGACAUACCCAGACCGGUGUCUAGGCCUUAUCAUCAGGGGCAUAUUCACUCUGAGAAGGGAAGAGCUUGAAUGGUAUUACCAGCAGGGGGCCAAUUUCCUGUUCCCAGACUACUUCGAACCUUAUGAGGCCGCCAUCCCCAAGGAGGAGAGAGGAGAUAUGAUGGCGGCUUAUUACAAACGCUUGACCGGGGACAAUGAAGAAGAGAAGCUCAAAUGUGCCGGUGCUUGGAGCCGUUGGGAGGUAUCAACCAGCAAACUUAUGGUCGACCCAUCCUACAUCGCUAAAGCGGACGAUCCCAAGUGGGCUCUCGCAUUUGCACGCAUCGAAUGCCACUUCUUCGUGAACGGGGGCUGGAUGAAGGACGGCCAACUAGUUGAUGACGCCCACAAGAUCAAGCACCUCCCUAUCGUCAUUAUCCAAGGCCGAUAUGAUGUGGUAUGUCCCGCAAAGACGAGCUGGGACCUUUACAAAGCCCUGGGUGGCAAAGACAACAGCAACAUAGAGUACAAGAUCAUCGGCGACGCUGGACACAGCGCCCAUGAAACGACCAUUGAGGAAGCCCUCGUGGAUGCGGCUGAGAAGUUCAAGUACAUUAAGCCUUGA